CUUCUACGCCUCAUCGCACGAUUUUUACGUGUGCUCAACGCGCGGUCGCGAUGGAUAAGGUACCAGAUUCCUUCGUUAAACUAGUCUGGAGGCUUCAUGCAAAAGUCGGUAGCAUCUUGAGUUAAGGUUCGCCCUACUGCACGUCAACCCUUGUCCCGGGGUAAGGACAGGCAUGUGCGCUCGGAUGACUCUCUGCUUGUUAUCAUCAUUGGUUUGGAUAAUUGGCCAAAACACUCGGUAGCGAAGAUGCGGUCCAGAAUCGGUCCACGAGCGUGCUCGCAAUGCACGGUGUCUUGACCCAGGAGUCGGGUGACGAAGAUUUGGACGGGGCGUGCGUUGCUUGCUUGUCCAUGCAGGAUCUAAAGAGGGGCCACCGCCGCCUGUGUCUCUGAUUAUCGUUCACUUCCUCCACUGCUUUUACGAACGGUCGUUUUCGGUCGUUUUGAUUGCUAGACUUCUCUAGAAAAUGAGUUCCGCCGGCCAAGGUCCUCCGUCCGCCGACCAGAUACCAGCGGUCCCGUCGGAUCUCGCAACGCAUUAUGCCCAUGUGUUCGCCGGCAUCUGCAUCACGCUGGUCGUCAUGGCCACGAUCAUUUUCAGUGCCCGAGUAUGGACGAGAUGCUAUCCAAUAUUCCGAAUGGCAGCGGAUGACUACGUGUGUGCAUUCGCAUAUGCUUUCGUUCUCAUCGACUCGGCUCUAUACCUUCGCACCGUCAGCUGGGUCUUCACUGGUACCAGAGAAACCCUGACAUUGGCCGACAUCGAGGACGCCUUCUUCUAUGCCAUCAUCGGACAGCCAUUCUGGGCGUGGUCCAUGGCCGCAAUCAAGUGUUCCGUCGCGCUGAUGCUGUUACGCCUCGAGCAGAAUGCGACAUGGCGCCGCUUUCUGUGGGCCAUGAUAAUCCUGCAGGUCGCGCUGGCCAUGUACAAUAUGUUGACACAACUCCUUCAAUGCGUACCGUUGAAGAAAGCUUGGGACUUGCUGGGAAUUGUAGAGGGGAAAUGCUGGUCCACCGGCGCUGUUCGAGCCAGCUCCAUCGCAGUACAAGUCUUCCACAUUCUCACCGACUGGAUCUUCGCACUUCUACCGAUAUCGUUUCUGCGCAAGGUUCAGCGCCCACUCCGCGAGCGCAUCAUCAUCGGCAUCCUCAUGGCACUGGGUAUUUUUGCAGGUGUGGCAUCGGUAGUCAAGAUUGUGGCUCUCGCCAACUUCGGUAAAUCAGAUGACCCGACGGCCGAGAGCAUCCAGAUCGGCAUGUGGUCCUGCAUUGAGGAGCUCGUCGCUUUCGUCGCUGCAUGUGUACCUUGCCUACGUGCACCGUUCCAGCGCGUCCUUGAACACUUCGGCCUCGCGUCAUCGCAUCAUCCUUCUACUUACGGUCGCGCAUAUGGUCAGAUGUAUGGCGGGUCGGGGCCUCAGAAGCAUACAAGGGGUAAAAGAAGUCAAACUGCGAUAGGUUCAGGGAUCCGGAUGAAUAGCCUGAAGGGCGCAGAUGCUCAUUCGGAGGAGCAUAUCUUAACCAGAACUGGCGAGGAUGUGAAGGGUGGGGAGAUAUGGUGCACGACCGAGGUUCGGCUUGAAGAGGAGGAGGAGGAUGGCAACCAGACAGGGAAGACCGGACGUGGUGAAGGCGGACCGAAUGCAAGUUGGAGUGACGAGAGUGCCACGAUGAAGGAUAUUAGGAGACAUUGAGGGCAAUGCACCAAGGGCAUUGCUAAUUUGGGACGGCGUCGGUUUUACUAUCGCAUAUAUACCCGCAUACGCAGGAG